AAAGCCCGCCCCCUUGUUGUGGCUCGGUUCCUUUCGCCAGUCCUCGCGCCAUUCUUGAAGAGGUAACCGUAGGGGAGUGGGAGGGGUAGUGGAGUCCCCUACAAACGCGCCAACUGCCGCCGGGAGUUCCCCCAGCCGGACUGUGUCCCCCAACCCGGGCCUCCCAGCCUCGCAACGGGGACAUGAAGCUGUCUGGCGUGUCUGCUAAGCGCUGUCUCGACUCGCCCCCUUUCCUGCUGUCGCGCUGCCCCCCGACCCCUGAUGCGGCCAGCCCUGUUUCGGGGAGACUUGAGGAGAGCCGCGGAGACCGGAAUCAAUCAAUUACAGAUUUCUUCAAACCAAUUCCAAAGCAAGAUAGACUUGUGUUGAACUCUGCACAAAGGACAAAUCUUAAAUACAGAAGAGAUAUAUUAUUGGACAAUAGUAUAGGACAAUUUGAAAGAAAAACAUCCUCACCAAAAAAUAUGUGUAAAAAGAUGCCAGUCACACCACGGAAUAAGAGUCCCAUUUCAAAGACUUUGAUGGGAGAAUUUAAAGAGGAGGAAAGCCGAAGAGAUACCCUUGAGAGAAAUCAGUCUCCAGGGACUGGCAAAUCUUUUAUGUCUACUUCACAUCAUUGCUUGUCAAGGAAUGAAAUGAAGGACCCAAGGAAGCAAGAAAAAUCUCCAAUUAAAAUGUCAUCACAUAAUCAUGAAAACAUUAAGGAGAAGGCUAAGCGCACAGAUAAAAGGAAGAAAAUUGCGGAUGCCAAAAUCUUGGUUUCAUCACUAAACCCUGAAAUUUUGAAAAACAGUUCCAGCAAAAUUGGCAGUGAAAAUGACAUGUCCAGGUGCCAUUGUGUGAAAAAGCAAAAGGAUCCAGAAAAUGGACUUUGCUCAAGAAAAAGAUUCCGUUCUGAUUCACUGGAAGCUGCUUCAGGUGCUGGAUCUUCUGGGUUCUCAAAUGCUAAAACUUGCAUUAUUUCUUCUACAAGAAAGAGAGAGGUCACUUUACCUAAAGCACCUAUUGAGUGUUCUCUUGUGUCAACCAGGAUCAAGAAACAAAAAAAGAAGAAUUUCAAGGAUGUUGCCAAUACAUCUUCAGUUAAAAUAUCUAAGAAAUCUUUGCCUUUUCAAAAGAGUAUUACUAAGGCUCCUCCAGCUGUACUUGGAGAUGUUGAUUUGCCUAGCCCAAGCAUUUCAAGACUUUCAUGUAAAAAGUUAGGAAACUCCAGUUCCACUAGUGGAAUAUCAAGAAAAAAACCAAAAGUCUUUUUUGAUAGUGAUGAGGAAAAUUUUGAUUGCAACCUGGAAAGUGAUGAGGAAGAGGUAGCAUUAAAGCCACUGCAAGAAAUCAUGUCUUUGAAUUCCAGUCAGCCUGCAACUCCAGAAAAACCUUUUGUGCUUUCAGGAAAACCUAGAGCAUUAUCAUCAAACAUUUCAGUAAGUCUUCGUUACCAGCUUUAUGAGAACAGUUUGGAGCGCCUAGCAAAGGAGAACGAAGAUCAUUCAAGGUCAGAUGAAUGGGAAAAAGAACUAAAGGAAGAUUUAGUGAAAGGUCAGGGAAUAAAAUCCCUAAUUGAGUCAGAAGACGCAGAUGACAGUGGAGAACUCCAAGAAGAGCAUAAGGAGCUUUUAAGGAAAUUCUUCAUUGCUCUUGAUGCUAUUCCUGAUUGCCAUCCCGGUGAAGAAAUAUUUCACUUUUUCAAUUAUGGAAAAAUUUUCAAUCAAUAUACAUUGGACUUAAGGGAUUGUAAUUUUGUUCCAAAGAAUGCUAUUGAAGAUCUUAUUCUUAAGUCAGGAAGAACACAGCAAAUUUUUUUAACAACACAAGGUUAUCUCAGCACUGCUUAUCACUACAUCCAGUGUCCAAUACCUGUGUUAAAGUGGCUGUUUCAGAUGAUAUCUGUUCAUACAGACUACAUUGUUUCUAUACAACUUUUGAAUACAUUGAUAGACAUAACAAUUAGAAAUGAUGCCACUAGUGGCCCAUCAGCUUGUCCUUGGAUCCCAUCACUAUCUGAUAUAGCAUCUGUGUUUGUCAACAUGGGAGUUAGUUUUAAGUGUUUAUUUCCUAUACGGAAUCUUCAGCCUGACUUUAAUGAGGAUAUUUUUAAUUCAGAGGUACAAAGUAUAUCUGAAGAAAGAGCAAGUGAAGAUUCUAUAGAAGAUGCUGUUGUUUCAUGUCUUCCAGAAACUAACAUUUUAAAUGUAGUUAAGUUCAUAGGCUUGUGUACAGCUAUAUACCCAGAAGGUUACACAGAUAAAGAAAUAAUCUUGCUGCUUUUAAUGUUCUUGAAAAUGAGUUUGGAAAAGCACCUGAAGCAGAUUGCACUUGUGGACUUUCAGAGUCUCCUGAUAAACCUAUUGAGAAACUUUAGAGAUUGGGACACAAAGAUGCCUGAACUUUGCAUGGCUAUAAGUGAGUUGUCCUCUCAUCAUCACAACCUUCUGUGGUUGGUACAGUUUGUCCCUAACUGGACAUCACGUGGAAGGCAGGUGAGACAGCAUCUCAGCCUACUGAUUAUUGCUAAAUUUCUGGAUAAGAAACCUGAAGAUAUACCCAGUGCCAGUGAUAUGCAGAUGUCUCUCCUUUGUCAGUACCUCGUACAAAUGAAGCCUUCUGAUUUGCUAAGGAAAAUGAAAGCAAAGAAAGAUGGUGAACAGCAGAAUAACCCUACCAAAGAUUGUUCAAGUCUAGACCUCGAGCAACAAGUAUAUUACCUGACCUAUGUGCUCCUUCACUUAGUCAGCGAAGUUAGUUCCUAUUCUUUUCCUUUUCAAAGAAGGAAAUAUUUGCUGCAGCUCUGUCGUUAUCUGGAAAAGCACAUAAGGUGUUGUAUCAGAGAAGAUGCAAGAUUUUUUCAUAGGACAAAGGUAAUAGAUUUAGUUGCUAUAAUACAUGGAAAAUGGCAAGAAAUGAUCCAAAAUUCUCUGCCUACUCAGGGAAAACUGCAUGACUUCUGGGUACCGGAUUCUUAAUUGGAAUAGCUAAAAUGUCGACCCAGGAGAAAUUAAACAGGACAAGAGACUUUCCUGAAAAUAAAUAGAAAAUGUAGACAGACUUACAUAGAAACAUUUCUGCGAGGGAACAGACAAGAAAUAUGCCAUUUGAAUACAGACUCUACAAGACCAUGUGUAAAACAUCAACCUUGAAUGGGAUUGUCUGAUCUUUUUACAGGUGAUACUAAAACCAUAACUUAGUUUCUGUUUUAGAAACAGAACACACGUCUGAUAAUACAGUGUAUUGUUUAUGAAUGUACUUUUAAAAAAAACUCAUCAGAUCACUGAUUUAUCCUGUCCUCACAAAUUACCCAAAGUCCUGAAUUGUCGAUGCUAAGAAUUUGGAUAUAUUUGCCAAGAUCAUGCCUGUUGCUAUCCCUUUUCCAGAUCUCUGGAUUGUAACUACUUACAAGGUGUGUGAGCAUGAGAACAAUUCACUGCACUUGAAAAUUGCAGGCUGCUCUUAAUGUUUAUAACACUGGGGUGCUAGCCUUUGGUUUAAAAGAUAUGUUUCUAUUAAUGUCCUGGUGAACCAAAGGACCUUUGAUAAUAACAAAAUUUUUGACAACUCUUAGUAGUUUAAUUAAAAGAGGUUUUUUAAGACCUUCAGUUUCUAUUUACAAUUACUUUCUAAAACUGAAUGCCAACUAGAUAUUUGGUUAUACAUAAUUGGGUUAUGCAACUCUGUACUGUAUGACUCUGAUGAGACAAUAAUCCAAACAGAAAAUCUAGGAAACCACUUUUCUUUCUUUACAAAGAUUAAAAAAAAAUACUUCGUUCCUACAAAUGAAGGCAUGGAAGAGAACAUUUUCUGUGAGUAUUACCAUUGAAAAAUAAGGUGGUUUAAGUAACUUCAGCCUCUUUUGAGUAUUGGUACAGUGAACAUUAUUGUACCACAGAUCAAGUUUAGCCUUCUUUGUAGAAUGGGAUUUUGCAUUUUCACCCAAGAAUCCCCUCUCUCUCUCUCUCUCUCCCUCUCCCUCUCCCUCUCUCUGUCUCUGUCUCUCUAUCUCUCUGUCUCUCUGUCUCUCCCUCUCUCUCUCUCUCUCUCUCUCUCUCUCUCUCUCUCUCUCUCUCUCUCUCUCUCUCUCCCUCUCUCUCUCUCUCUCUCUCCCUCUCUCUCUCUCUCUCUCUCUCUCCUCUCUCUCUCUCUCUCUCUCUCUCUCUCUCUCUCUCUCUCUCUCUCUCUCUCUCUCUCACACACACACACACUCUCACACUGUUAUUAAAUCUUCAAGAUUUUGUUACAAAAUGUCCAUCUUUGGUGUAAAAAAUAAAAAGAUUUUAUUUGGAUUUGUGCCAAGGCUCCACUGAUGCUAGACAUAUAUCAAAAUACAAAGACUUCCAUUAAGUAUAAUGCUCUUUUGAUAAGUUAUGUGUAAUUUUACAAGUGUUCAUAUUUUCCUUAUUCACCAUUGUGUAAAGUGUACAUAUUCCUCAGUAAAAAGUAUAUGUCUUUGAUUUUGUGUAAUUAGAGCAUGUAAAUAUUUUCUUAUCAUGUGCACUGAAAGGAUUUGAUGGGAUUGCUUAGGGAAGGAAGGAUGGAUUUUUUAGGUAUUUGAUUUUUUUAAAUUAGCCCUUUUGUACUGCAGUUUCAAGCACAUAAGUUGUUAGACCUAUGGCUUUUUAACCACUUUGGACAACUUUUAUUUAAUGAUUCUCAUAAAAAUAAAUUAUUUUAAACUUUUAACUUCUGUAGCAGAAGGGAUUAUUACAUAUAGCAUUAAAAAAAAAACAGGGUUAAAUAACUAAAAGCCACUAUUCUAAAAUAGGCAAUUCAACUUCAGUGUCUAGAUCAUAAGAUUCAAUUAGUGUACAUGAAAGACCCCCUCCAUUGCUGAAAGUUUCAGGACCUGUUUUAGUACACUGAGUCUUACUUUGCCAGCCAGAUGAUAUGUCAGGCAUCAUUUAUUAAGCACUUACCAUAUAUGUGCCCAGCAGUGUACUGGGUGUUGGGGAUUUAAACAGAGUUACAGAGUAGCCCUCUGUACUCAAGAAGCACGCCUUAUAAUGGGGGAAUCUGCAUGUAGAUAUCUUGAGAUAAUAAAUGUAAUACAAUGGGAGAGACCUCAGAGGCCAUCUGGUCCAACUCCCUCAUUUGUCAGAGGAGGAAACUGAAUCCUAGGGAGAAGACAGCAGAUCACCCAAGGUCACACAGGCCCAGGAGCUGAGCCCAAGUUUUUUGGACUUCUGAAUCAGGGUUCUUUGCACUGCACUGCCUGCUUCUCACCUUCUUGAGACCACAAGUUUUGCCUGAGUGUACUCCUGAGAUGGAUUUGCAAAGAAUCAAAAUUUGCCAGAAGUGUAGAGCGAAUGUAAUAGUGGUACUAGAACACUUAGCUCCUGACUUUGAGGAUUGUUUCCAAAGGAAAGCCUCCCAAAGAAGCACUGUCAUAAAACCUGCAGCUUCGUUAGGCUUUGCAAAGUUUUCACCAGUUAGUGUUGUUUGGUAAAAUUAAGUGUUCUAGAAACUAUAAACUAUCUAAUUUUCUGUCUACUCAUUGUCUGUAUUGCAAGCAGAAAUUGAAUAAAUGUUUUUGCAUUUAAGUAA